AUGGCAACCUCCUCCUCGUACCAGUUCAUCCCACGCAAACUCAUCAAAAGGAAGCCAAAUGACAGCCAUGACCCCAAUCCGCCGACCGCGAAGCCCCACGGUCCACCCAUUCUGCUCCCCGUAGCUGAUGCAGCAAAGAUUGACAGUCAAUCGCAGCAGAAGCUUCCAGAUGAACAUAUUGCGAUAUGGGUGAACCUCGCUAUGUCUCACUACGCAGUAUGGUCAGACCCUGAUCUCCGCCGUGUGCUUGACUCUGGAGACCAAGAACUGGAGCCAAACUAUAUUCCCCUCAGGUUUUUGCUGCGCAACUCUCCGGUCCUUGCAUCAGCAGACGAGCUAGAGCAUGUCUCCGAGGCACAGGUGGUAAAAGCACUACGCGCCCAUUCGCCUACUGUGUUCGACAUUCGUGUGCUCAUUUCAGAACCAACCAAAACGGCGUGGUCAACAGGGUACAAUGCCAAGGGAAAAGAACGCGAAGAUAUGGGGGGAUACGAAAUACGACGGUUGAACGGUGGCAAGCUGGGCAGUCUGACGCGCGAAGAUUGGAAGGCAAGGACGGUAUACUUCGAAAGGAUCCCCACGAUCUACCGCACCAUUCCCGCAAUAGCGCAAUUCAUACUCUCCCUCCUCUCUCCGCUCACCCCGUCGCCCGAGUCCGAGCCCCACGACAGCACGCGCAUCCAGUCCAUCACGCUUCCUCCACAUCACUUCGACAAACAGGGAAGCACGCCUAAAUUCAAGGGCUUCGCGUUCGUCGUGUUCUCCGCGCUGGAAGAUGCAAAUACGCUCCUCACGCGAUGGCCUUGGGAGGGGCACUGGAACUCGGGCUCAAACGAAGAGAAGCAGGAUUUGUAUCUGGAUAAUACUGGUACCAGCACUACAGAGAGAGAGGCCCGACGAUUCGGGAUGCGGGCACUGUCCCAGACGCGAUGGGACGAACUAAAGGAGGAGUACCUCUCCUACCGAAAGACACUGAUCGAACGGGUUCCCGACGACGGCACCGCACCCAACAUUCCACCCACCGUUGCACCUCCUGCUCCCACUGUUCUUGCUAGUGUUCCGCCUUCUGAUUCAGCAGACACGACGCCUACUAUAAUUCCCCCGCCUGCACCGCCUGGAAACACCACAGCAACACCCCCAUGUCCCCAUCCGAGUCUGGACGACCCGUACCCCUAUGGAUGCCUGGUCUUCGUCCGCAACAUCCACCCCGCGACAAACAAGACGACGCUCCGGGCGCUGUUUUCGUCUGUGUUCGAAGACAAAGAAGACAAAGACGCGCGAGAGGCAAUCGACUACGUUGACUUCAAUAAGGGCAUGGAUAGUUGUUACCUCCGCCUCUCCACACCAGCCAGCGCCGCCUUUCUCUCCUCGCAUUUCUCUAGCCAUCCUACGGUACAAGCACACGGCCUGGAUGAAGCAGGAUCGCAAGGCGAUAGCAAGGGUAUUGAAGUGGAGGUGGUGCGGGGGAAGCGGGAGGCGGUGUACUGGGAGAAGGUGCCAGAGAAGGUGCGGCGUGGUGCAGUGGCGAAGGCCAUCGGGUCGAUGAAUAAUAAGACUGAGAGCAAAGAUGAUAUAGAGGAGGGCAGGCAGCGAAAGCGUAGGAAGCGUGGCUAG